UGUGGCUUAAUAGCUACGACCUCAUCAAAUGAUGGAUGUACUUACACUGUUUCAUUUCAAACGGACAGCCCCAGAAUCCCUGCGUGGCAGAAACCAAACCAAUACUAAAACCUAAGUACUGCCUUCUUAGUUGUUACGUACUACAUAGCCCCAAACUGAACAGAGCAAUGGUUUUUGAGGAUUCCUUAUCGCAAUCUGCUCCAUCAUCGGAGCUCUUCCGUAUCGCUUCUUCAUCUUCUUCUGCUGAAUCCCACUUUCGUGAACUCGAUGAUGCAUUCCUCCAGACUCAAACGAGAAAUUGGCUAGGAGAAGUAUUGCAGAUAAGACUAGAUGGGCAACUCAUUAUAUCAGAACUACUUGCUGAUGGAGAAUUGCUGUUUCAAGUAUCAAAAGUGGUGUGGAAAUUGCUUUUGGCAAAGCAUAUGGAGCUAAGGCAUAUUAAAGCAUACAAAAUCCAGUCAUUUGCUUCCAAGAAAAACAUCGCGAGAUACAGGCCUUAUUCUAAUGUUGAUUCAUUUCUGAAGGUAAAUUGUUUGAUUAUCAUGUCUUCUUUUUGACAAAUUAAGGGAAAAAUUGUUAUAUUUUCCUUCCAACUUAUAAGAGGAUAUAGUUAGAAUGCUUUUUGAAGUGAUUGAACAGAUCAGUGACACUUAUUACCAGAAUAUAGUUAAAUUACAUUUUCACUAAUUUUCUGAUACCAGCAAUUUUCGUUGAUAUUUAAUUUGAAUUUAAAGGCAUGCGGUUGCGUGGAAAAUGGUACUGGCUUUUGUAAUCUGAAUCCGAAUUGAAACGCAGUUCUGUGGAUGUUUUUUACUUAUGAAGUUCUGCUUAAUCAUUCUUUAGUUCUUCCUUUCCCUUUUUAAUGUGUUUGGAGUCGCUUAAUUAUGGUUGACUUAUGGUCUUCUCUAUGUUUAAUGUUCUGUACUAUUGUGUAAUUGAAUUGCAUCACCUUGAUGAUUUCUAAUUAUUGACCAUUAAGAUGCGAAAUAAUUAUUGACCAUUGGGUUCUUGGUUUAUCACAACUGUCAUGAGUGGCGCCGUACUCGGCCAUGGGAGGCGAUUUCCAGCCACCAUCGAAUAUGGAUUGUCCCAUCAAAAUUUGCAAAAUUUUGGGAUUGACUGGCGUUGACCUCUUCUCUCCAUCAGAUGUAGUUGAGAGAAGAAAUACUCGAAAAGUUUGCAUGUGUAUACGCUCAUUCUCCAAAAAAUCAAGAUCUAUGAAUAUAAAUGUUCCGGAUUUUGACAUUGUGAUCUGUAUGGUAGCCAUGCCCAAGGAUUUGGUUGGAUGCAGGCGUAGAAGCAUAGAGCUAUCGCACAACAUCCUUGCUGAUUCCUCUGGUAGCUAUUACUUACAAAAGCAUGCAAGAAGAAAAUCUAGACAGGGUUACCCCGUUACAGACUCCACCAAAGACUAUGAGACGUAUUCAGAUCAAUCUGUGGACACAGAAAACAAACAUCUAGUGCUUCAAUUUGAUGACUUGCAUACUGAUGACUUGUAUGAUUAUACAUCAGACAUAAACUACAACAUAGCGUCUCCAAUGGUUGAACGUGAUUAUUUGCCAGAAGAUUUACAUCAAUUGGACAUCCAAAACCAACAGAGAAACGGAAUUUUUAAUGAUGACUUUGAAUUGUUAUGUUCAAAGGAAUCCUUGCAAUAUCAUUGCUCUGAGGAUAUAAAGCAUGACUGUGAGCUGACUUGGUCAUCAUCAUCAUCAUCUCCUAGUGGGGACUUACAUACUGACCUUAUUGACAUGACAUCUCAUUUAGAUACUAAAAAGGAACAAGUCCAGGAAAGUAGGAGGAUUAUGGACUUGGAUUACUUUGAGAAUUUGUCGUUAAGCAGUAAUUCUUCUGUCAUUGUGACUCCUAAGAAUGACAAAACACCAGGUAAAAGAGAUGCUAGCUUGCUUACAAAAGAUAGAAAGGGCACUGAUCUGUUUCAUGAAGACAAUAGUACACCAAAUGUAUAUCAAAGUGCCAGCUCUCAUGGUUCAAAUCCAACUCCACAGACAGCUGAAAAUGGUAAAUUAUUUGAAAUUGGUGACGACAAGGAGGUUCUGCUAGUAGCUUGCGUGAACUGUUAUUCAAGGGAAGUGCUGAACUUGGGAGAUCAAGUCGAUGCAGAGAACAAUUUUAAAAAUAUUGAACCUUUCAAAGUGCACAAUGACAAGAAUGGUCAAUUGGACACGAUAAAAAAAGAACAUGAAUCUCAAGGCAUAGUAAAAUGUAAGGACAUGCCGUAUCAAAUCAUUUCUAGCACAGGAUAUUCUUAUUCUGUAAAGAAAUUUGAGGAAACUGAGCCUUUGUUAUAUUCACCUGAUUGUUACUUCUGCAAUACUAAUUCUCUGGAUACAGUUGUUCUUCAUAGCAAUGACACUAGCUCAACUUCACUGAAAAAAUUUCUGGCAUAUGAAGAGAGAGAUUCUCAACUUGAUUUGGAUAAUGCUAGUUGCUACCAAUCUCAGGAGUCACUGUCCUGUCAGUCUUAUUAUUUGCCCGAGUCUUGUAAAUGGGAUCAGAAAGGAAAAUGCGCUAUAACAUCAUAUAAAGAUGAGAAAAUUUCGCAUUUUUUGGAGGAUGGAUCACAUGAGGAAAUUACACCUUGUAAACAAAAAGCUCCUGAAGUCUUGAUGUCCACUGUUGUUAAGUUGGACACUGAUGGUGAAAAGCUAAACAUUGACUCUCUGGCUCUGGCCUCAAAUGCUCUAGCUGCUGAUGACUGUGAAAAAUGUUCCACUCUUGGUGAUGGUCCUAAUGAUUUCUUCAAAGGUGACACAAUUCAAGACAUUGGAGAACAAGGUCAGAGAGUGCUAGAUAUGUUAACCAAUGAAGUUGUAGUUCCUGCCAACUGUGAUGAUGAUAUAUCAAGUCCUGAAUCUUGCAUAAGCUCAAAACUUGAAUUGAAUGGUGAUCAUCAAGCAUGUCAAUAUGAAAAGGAUCCUGUUUAUCGUUCAGAACCCACUCGUGUGGUGCAUCUUAAAGAAGAAAUAAAAGCAGAAGAUGAGAGGGCGCACUUCUUAGAAAAUUUUGCUGGAACAGAAGAGGGAGAUAAAGAAAUAACAAAAGCAAAACCUCAAAAGAGGCUACUGCUAAGAUCAGUAUUGGGUGGUGCAGCUGCAGUUGGUUUGUUAUUCAUGAUUAUGCACCUAAGGAGGAAUGGCGGGGAAAAAGCUCCAGAACCAAGUAUGGCAUCUAGUCAUAAAGGCAAAGAGAAGAUUAAGAAAAAAUCUACUUGGAAAGUAAAGACAAGUACAACAAAAGGGGUUUAUCCAGCUGAAAGGAUCAAGUUAAAGUGAUUAGGAUUUGGGUCUCUUAUAUUCAAAUAAGAAUAAUAUUGAAAGAAAAAAAAAAGGUAAUAGUUUCAACUUUUGAACCUCGUUGGUUACACAUUCCAGUUAACUGAAGCGAUAUACAACAAAUGGACGAGAAUAUACAGAUAUGCUAUGUUUCCUACCACCACCAAACACGACACAAGAUGGCUAAUGUCCAAAAUAUAGGAUACUGGAACACUAUGUGUAUACAUGUAUACAUAAUCAAUAUUACAAGUGGUAACAAAUUGUAUCAUUUAAUUAAGUGAUUUAGGAUUUGAAUCCUAA